CGUUGACGACGACGAUCUGGUGGCCGAUGGUGGCAACAGCGUCAAUACAUUGACAGACGCUCUACCUGCCAGCAUCGAAGCUGCUGCUGACGACGCGACCAUUGAGAAGCCAGAUGAAGCAGCGUCCGGUAGCAUUAUGGCACCAGCGCUCAGCGAGCCCAUUAGCCCCACAGAAAAGCUAACCAACUCGACUGCAAAAGUCACACCUUCGACUCGCACAAACAAAGAUGCCAGUGACACUGGGUUGCUCACAUCGUCAACGAUAAUCACUGGCUGCAAUAACAAUGAGCACAAGGAGAAAAGAGCUCGAAGUUGUUCCAUAUCUACUCCGAUUCCAUCGUCGUCAGCGUCAAUUUCGCCGCGUUUAACAAGGUCGAAGGACGCUUAUCAACGAGUAUUUGAACAAGCUGUUACACCCACUGCUUCUGUUUCGCCACCACCAAUAGAGAAAGAGGUGACAAACACUUCAACAGCACCAAAAAAUUCUGUUAAUAGUGUGGCCGACGGGGAAAACGAUGGCAACAGCAAACAUACGCCUGAGGACGGUAGACGCAAUAAUGAGUCAAUAGGCCUGAGCGGAAAUUUGCAUAACAAAAACAUCGAUUGCGGUAAUGACAAAAAUUUGGUUGACACCAUAUUUUCCGAUGAAGUGGCGUGUGAAACUCGACAAAAAGAUGUCGAAUCAAAUUUCAACAAUAACAAUAAUGCAAGUAUAAGUUGUAAAAGUAAGUCAACGGAGCAGCUCUUGGCCGACUUGACGAACGAUAUCGAAGAGAGCAUCACAACGAAAGUGUGCAUACGUAAGCCAGUGCAGGACUUAACGAAAGAAGAAAACGUCUCAAAUGCAUCGCUGGAACCAAAUGAUCUAGCAAUAAUCAAAGGUGGUGACAGUGAAGCGAGAGAAACGAACGCUAGUACAGAUUCCAUUAAAGUGCAAGACGAGCUGCAGCGUAUGGAUUCAGGGCUUGACAGCGGAAGCGGGAAAAGUGAGAGUUUUAUUGCAGCCACAAAAGCACCGGCACAAAAAGUAACAGCGGCAAUUGAAAAGAAAAAGCUUAGUGAUGAAGGGGCAAUAAGAGCCAGCAGUAAUUCCACGGUAGUUUCAACAAAAAUUUCAACAGAAGAGUUGCAAGUCGAGACGGAAAAAGUGCAAGUGACUAAUCAGAAACUAGAAAGUGUAACACGUUUGCAAAUAUUGUCAGUCGACGUUCUGCCCCCAAUUAGUACCGACUCAACAAUGACUGCCUCUGAAGUAGAAGAUAAUCUCGAAGAGCGCUUAAGCCAGCUUGAUGGUACAGCGAUUGCUUCUCCGAACUGUGAAGUAUUGAAUCCAAUAACUGCUAGCGAUGGGAUGGUUACAAUAGUAACAACGCCACCACGUACCCCUAUAAAGCAGCAAACUCAACAGCAGCAAGUACAACAGCUGCAGCAGCAAUUACAACAAACCCCACCAACACCUCUAUCGCACCAAAUACAUCAACAACAACACUUACCGCAGCAACACACAUUUACGCCACAGAGCAGCACCUCGUCAGCUAAUACGUUGAACAGCACGAAUUUGCCACCGGCAUUCAUGAAAGAGACUGGAGCUGGUGAGUUGGAGGAUCAAGAUAUUGAGGAAGUGUUGAAAGUGCUUAAAGGUUUCGAUGGCAGCGCUGGCGCUGAUACGCUCUGCGACUUAAAUGUGCUCUUUAACGAGGAGUAUACCCUCAACUACGAUGAGGUCAGUAGUCAGCCAGCAUCUACAUCGACUAAACCCAAUCCGCUGAAGGAUAUGCAAAUUGAAAUCGAACGCAAUCAACAAGCCAUGCAUCGUAGAAUCGAUUUUCUAUUACGGCGUAUGCGUAAACUUCAAGCUCGGUAUAUGAGCAAGCACUGCAGUGAAGAAAUAGCCGGUUUAUUUGAAUGGACAGCUCGCAUAUCUGCUGGAAAAGGUGGCCCAAUGAAUAACACAUCAGACCUUUUGCGCUCAGAUACGGCCAUUAGUGUCAUUGCGGCACGUCCACCUGCCGACAAUUGGGCUGAAGAAAAGAAUCCCGUAGCAUCAACGCAAAUGUCAUCGAUGUUGCGGCGCUUGGAACAUUCUUCAACUGCGCAACAACUGUGUAUGGUGUCCGCGAAUAGUAGUUUGAAUGCCGCGAAUACGCAAUUGCCACGCAAAACAAAAAAGGCGCUUUUGCAAGAAAUGCAAGCAGCUGCGUCGACAUCUGCUGCGACAACAGCAAUUGCAUCGACGGCUGAACGCAAAGGCGAAGUUGUGGUACCCCACUAUGACAUUAAUGUCAGCGAAGAGAUGGCACAAGUCGCUGGUCUACUGCAAACUGAGAUGCGUGAAGUGCAGACUGCGAUGGACUCAGAUGCAACGGAAUCCAGUUCUGGUGGUGAAUCUGCGGACGAAAUGGUUACCUACAAUAAUCAGAUACAACAACCAUUGGCUAUCGCUAAACGUGCUGCAUGGCGGUAUUCACGUGACCGCGCUGCUAUAGCUGCUCGCUGGUCAUGGCUACUUUCUCAGAUCGCGGAUUUAGAAAUUAAAAUACGGCAGCAUACAGAACUGCGACAGGAGGUUGUACGGACCAAAGGUGCGGUGGCGUCUGGCUUAGAUGAGCAGUAUGCAACUAUUCAUGCUGGCAAUCUCAAAUCAAUUGAGGUAGCUACACUUAAUACGACAACAUCAUCUGUUAAUGGGUAUAAAGGGAAUAUGUUGGGUAACACCGGUGUCAAAUUUGACGCCAUUGAAAGUGAAGAAGCAGGCUUGAUAGGAGCGGCGCGUACUCGGGGCUUUGUACCAUCGUUAUUCCGGAAACGUAAAUUAUUACAAACGCAGAGUCUCCACACAAUUUCAAAGAAGGCUGCUCGACCAAGCAACAUAAAAUGUGGCUGCCAAUGGCCUUUUAAUCCCUGCGCGCUGUGUACAGGCCGAACAGAUCCAACGGCGCCGCGAGAUCCUCCAGAUACAAUGAUGAUGGCAGAUAGAAUAGCGCUACUGGAUCCCGGUUAUCAUCCUGUUUUAAGCUUUCGUGAAGACGUCAACUGUACUUUGCACCUGGAAGCUAUUGCUCGAAUGCCAGAAUGGCAGCAACGCAUUAUGCGUUGUCAAGUAAAGAGCAUUGCGAAAAGCGUUUGGAAGGCUGAACGCGAAGCCGAACGUGCAGCUGGGCAUAACACAUCAAAGAAAUACAAUGAACCAGUCGUUAAACGCCGCUACACGAAGAAAAAGGAUAGAUUAGCCGCUGAAGAGAAGAACGCGGCGGCGGCAGCGGCAGCGGCAGCAACGUCGGCAUCGGGUAUGACAACAAAUGCGUCAACAUCAAGUGGAGGUGGUCCUACUGCAGAUUUGUCAUCAGGAACGGUAAUUGGUGGUGGAAGUGGUGGAGUGUCGGCGGAUACAUCAGCGCAUAGCGCAACAUCAACGACAUUGCCGGCGUGCGAUGGUGGAAACGGUACUGGCACUUUGUCUACGUCUACUACAACAACGCCACUUGUGGCCAACAUAUCGGCAAAAAAUUCAAAAAAGUUGCACCACUAUCAUCUAGUCGGCGACGGGGUGCUGUUAGAACCACCACGACCCUUGUCGCCGGUGCCUACGAAUCACAGCAGUCACAGUCAAAGCAGCCAUCACAGUCAGCAAAGUGGCAACAGCAACAGCAAUUACAUUCAUCAGACCAGCGACAAUCCCCCGCAAAACUACGAUCAAUACAGUCCCAGCCCAGCACAUUCAUCAUUGAUCUCCAACAACAGUAACGGUUUCAACGGCGGUGGGGGCGUUGGCGGCAGCAGUGGUAUCGGUGGCAAUCAUAAACAGAAUAACAAAUAUCGUAAAAGUUCAGCGUCAAGUGGAGCUGGGGGCAGCGUCAACAACAGCGGCAACAACAACAACACUUCCUUCUAUUAUCAAAAUAAUCAUUUGUCUUCGCACUACGCCACUUACACCGGUGAGUCGAACGAUGCGAAUUGGGAUGGUUUUGUGAUUCGCAGUCGCACAUCAUCACCAACGCAUGCGGGUGUUGGUGGAGGCAGUAACAAUAACUAUCACAAAUAUGAAAGAUCUAAAAAUCGUACGUCAUAUGACAUAGACAACAUUGUUAUACCGUAUAGUGUUGCUGCAUCGACACGAGUUGAAAUUUUGCAAUAUAAGGAAAUACCAACACCCAAAUGGCGCGUUAUUGAUGAAGAUCGUGGGCGUACUGUUAUGUUAUCGGAUGAACCAAUGGAGACUGCUUCGGCUUCAGGAGUCGCUAAAUGUGAUAGCGGUGAAGGAAUGGACAUUGAUGGAUGCGAGAAUAUGCUUGUAGAAAGUAAGACAUCAAGUGAUAGUAAAUCUGGAAAUUCAGUAGAUGUAGUUAAUGGGUUAGAAGUGGAUAUUAAAGCGGUAGAAGAGAAAACUUCAAAAGUAGUAAAUGCAACAGAGGAAUGUGGAAAACUGAAUGUCUGUAAUGGGAGUGAAACUGCCGAUGGAGCAGACGCCUUGAUUAAGAGCGGGGCGCCGAUUGUUAGUACCACAAAAAUCUCAGAACAAAGAAACAAUAACUUUAUAAAAAAUGAUUGUAAUGCUUUGGUAAAAACUGAAAACAAGAACAUAACAGUUCAAAAUACGUCUACGGCAGUCGACUCUAUAUCGGACGAACCAGUGGUAAAGAAAGCGAAAACAGAGCAUAAUGACGAUAACAAAAUGUCAAGUGUAGACAAGGUUGAAGUCAAACCAGAAAAUGUACGCAAUUCGACAUUUGCCGCAUCAAAAAUUCCUAAAACAGAAGCAACGGCUGCAUUCAAACGGGCAAAGCGAUUCAAGCGAGUUAGCACCAUUCAAGAAGAGUCCUUCGACAUCGAUGCCGCUGCUGAAGCAGCAGAGCCGGAAGACAUCACAUAUGAUGCCAUCAUGUUGCGACAUGAACGCGCACUGACUGAAGAGCGCCGCAAAUUCCAAACGUAUUUGAAGUUCCCAUGGAGCACACGUUCGCGGGCUAAUCGGCGCAUCGACAGUCGCGCCGAGUCAAGUGGCGCCAAUACGCCGGAUCCUACUUCUCCGGCGCCACAAAGUUUAGGUGGUGGUGAUCAGGAGAGCAUUCCGUCGCCUCUGGCGCCAUGUACACCUCUUAAUCCAUUGGAUACGAUUUCGGAAGCGGGCGAGAAUGGUGCAAGUAAUCUUCCAGCAAACUCCAUCAUCAGCGCUGCAAAUAAUACCAAUAGUAAUGAUUUGAGCAAACGUUUGGAACGUCGGCGCACAACGUCGACGAAAAGGGAGCGUGAACUGGAGCGACGAAGUUCCACACCAGACCCCAGAGAGCUCGUGCCGCCCUAUGAACCUUUGCAAUUCCCACUUACCGAUGAGGCGUUUGAAGGUUUGCUUAAAGCAAUGCCCGUUGAAUUUCAUUGUUUGGAUUUCGACGCCAAGUAUUUAGAAGACUGUAACAACACUGGCGGUGCCGUCAGUGGUUCCAAAUAUUCCCGUCAACGCAGCAGCUGGCGCAGUGAUGUGUCGGCUGUAAGCAUCAGGCGUGGAAAGUUAGCCUCUACAACGCAAAACUGUGAUGUAACAAGUAGUAGAAAACAGCGAAUAAAUAACAAUGGUGGUAGUAGUGGCCGCAAAGGUAUCAACGGUGGCCGAGGACGUCGACGAGGCAAUAAUGCCAUUACUAAAACUAAUGAUGAAUUGAUGAAUGGCGUGCAUGCCGGUGACGAGGAAGAAGACGCCGAAGACGACGAUGUCGAUUUAAUGAUGCUAUUGGCCGAGGAGGCCGAUGAUUACGACUACCCAAAGCAUCAUUUAGCGCCCGAUGAUGAUCUCUUGGAUAGCGGUUCAGGCAAUGCGGGCGGGGGUGUUGCGUUGAAUGGCAACGCACGUAACCGUAUGAUGGAUAUCGAGGACGAGUAUGAAGCAUAUCUGGGCCGCCGACAUCGGGACAGUGACGCGGAGACAACAGAUAGUGAUCCAUUCGCCGACGACGAUCCAAACGAUCCAGAGUGGCGUGGCGAGAGUGAAGAUCGAGGUGGCGGUGGCGGGGGUGAACGAAACCGGCGCACUGUGAGGUAGCGAUAGCAAGUAAAACACUAGAAUCUUACUAAAAACUAUGGUUUAAUGAUUUUGCGUCCUAACGGGGGAGUAUAAAUCGUCAGAGAUUGAUGUAGCUUUGCUUUGAAAUAAAUUGCUGAAACUAUGUUUUUCUACAGUUGAUGAUUUAAAAGAACCACUUAAUGCUGCGUUGCAUUAAUACUUAGUGUGCGCGAAUUGCUGCCGGUUUGUGGUAGAACCUUUGUUUUAAAAACAAUAAUUUCCCAGUUUCGGUUAAAAUUUCUGUUGUAUUAAAACACAGAAAUAGUUAAGCUCUAAUUGUAGAGGCAGUGAUAGUACGGAAAUAGUUGGAGUUGCAAAUUUCAGAAAAAAGUGAGUAGAAAUAUUUUUGCGUUUUAACACAACUGAAUGUGUAGCAAAUCUACAAGUUUCCUUUUGUUGAAUAUUUUUGUGUGAAAGACAGCAAGCAGUCAGGCGUAAUGCUCAUACCGAUAAAUAUGCAAAUGUGGGUUUUCUUAUUGUAAUGACACUUUGUAAUUCACAUGAAUAUAUAUAUAUAUCUAAAUGGCAAUUUCGCUGUGCGUUUAAUUUACUUUAAAUAUAUAUAUAUAUAUAUAUAAAAGAGAAAAAACAGCAACAAAAUAUUUUCUUUAAAAUUUUUCAACAAAUACAUAUUAUUUUUUUAUCUAAAUAAAAUACAAGUAAAGAAAAUUGGGAAUGGAGAAGGGCAAAGCAUAAACAAUGUAUGUCUAUGUUCAUUGUAAGAGAUAUUUGUUUCUUUAGCUGCGUUUAUAUUACAUACUGCUUUAAGUUGUUUUUGUCGUCCUUUUUUGCGCACAACACAAAGGGUGGGUAGGGAGAGAUUGUGUGCAUUGUAAAAAGUAUGCAUAAGUUUAUGCUUUUAAUUUUUUUUUAUCGGCAGAUUAAUUUUAGAUUUCAUAUUGGAAAAAGCGAUGAAAAGAAAAAACAAACAAAAAAUACAUACAUACAUUGUAUUUAAAUAAUUAUAGUUGUCAUUAGAAUAUACAUAGUAAACAAAAAUUAAAUGUUAACAACUAAUUAUACUUAAUAUUAAAUUAAAAAAUUAUGCUUAAAUUUAGUAAUACAAAAAAACGAUACAAAUGUAAAGAGCCCUUACGCAUAAACAAAGAAGCUGGGAAAAAAUAUUCUGUUUGAAAUUGACUUGUAAAAUCCAGCGAAAAUUGGCUAACAUUAAUUUAAAGCUAAGAAUUUACUGGCAAUUAAUUAUGUUUGCGCCAGCUGAUAUUCAUUCACCAAGACAGUCGAUUAAAACUUUUUUUUGGGAGCGAUCGGAAUUAAUGUAUACAAAUUGCGUUCUAAAUUUUAUGUAUUUGAUCAGAUGUUUUAAAAAAAAAAGAAUGAACUGUACAUACCCAUUUGAAGCCGAUCUGUAUACUCUGUAGGUAUUGGGUUAUUUUCGGACUGUACAAAUACUGAAUCAAAUAAAUGUUAUGCUUGGAUUAUUAGAAUUUAGUUGGCAGACAAUUUAAUGAAAUGACUAAUUAAAUAAAUACAAAAAGGAAUAAAUAAAAUACAAUAUGAAAAUUUAUUUUGAUGGAAAUUUUCAAAUCCAUUAUUUAUACCGAAUUUGAUUGAACAAUUAUAUAGCUAUUGCCUUUCGAAUAGGCGGCAUACACGGUGCGUCUGCCUAGCGAUUCGGUUUGAAUAUGUUAGUGAAAAUGACUGACAUGAGUCUGAAUAACUGAACUGUGUGUAGUAUAAAGUCGAAUCAACACGUUCACAGAUGACUCGUAAGUCUGACGCACCGUCUAUAGCGCCUAUAACAGCAUAAAUAGUAGUGUCAUAAGCCAUAAAAAAAAAUAAAAACUCGAGAAAAAUUGCUUUAAAGUUCUCAUAGUAAAAAUAGACACAUUUUCUUCUAAUGAGCUAUCGGUAAUUGUAAUUUUUUUUUUUUGAAAUUUUUACACAACAUCGAAACAUUUAGCUUGGAGAAGAUUUGAAAACAUUUCGAAUUCUAAUAUGUUUCU